CCAGAUACAGAUCAGGUUACGCUGCUACUCUUACAGUUUACUCCACCAUUUUGGUUACCCAUUGUCUGUGUCCCUCCGAGUUUUCUCCACCUCGCAGCUCUCCCUGCCUCAGUGACAGUGUUAUAGUACUCACACAUUCAAAACUGUGUUCUAUAUUCUUUAUGAAAUGAAUAUUUGGAAUCAGUCAUAUUUGGACAACUUUGUGAAGAAGACUCAAUUCUGUCAAAAGGAAACUUGACAGUUGCAUAUUGUACAUUUUGAUUUCAUGAAAACACAUAGGUUCAGAAGUCAGACACAAAAAUUAUCAUGCAGAUUGUGUAUUAAUUCGAGAAACAAACUGGACAUUGAGUACUACUGUGUGGGGGUUUAGGGAUGUGCUCAAGCAAGGAUGUUGUCAGAAGACAGUGGCCACUCCCUGUAUGGGCCUGUGGGGUGGGGCAUAUCCCAGGUGUUGUGUAUGUGUUGUGUCACCCCCAGGGUCCUUCACACCUACAGGGAGGAGACUAGUAGGGUGUCUGUAGGGGAGAUGACAGCCGUGGCCGGCCCCUCCAGUCCUGCAGUAUCACAGGUGGAGACCCCGAAGAGCCCUUUUGCAAAUGGUAAUGGCCGACUGGAGAGCAUCACCCAGCUACAUGCAGCUGCUGUCAAUGGCGACAAGCCCACCCUCACAAGGCUUGUUGCAGCCUGCCCUCAGGAGCUAGAUGCAGGGGAUCAGUUCGGCCGGAGUCCCCUUAUGUUUUGUGUCCUGGCAGACCGACUGGAGUGUGCAGAGACACUGCUGAAGGCCGGGGCUCAGAUCAACCUCCGCGACAAGGGGGGUAGGACAGCUCUGCACUGGGCAGCACAUAAGGGCAACUAUCGGCUGAUGAAGAUGCUGGUGUCAAAGGGUGCAGACUGUCGAGAAAAGGACAAUGAAGGUCAGACAGCCCUGCAUCUCUGUACCCGACACAAGCUGCCCAAGUGUAUGGCAUUGUUGCUGCGGCAGCUGACUCCGGGGGAGAUGGACGACCAGGACAACAACAAGAGAACAGCCUUGCACUGGGCAGCCUCCUAUGGUAACCUGGAACAUGUCAAGAUGCUCAUCAAGUGGGAUUCAAACAUUGGCAUCCCAGACACAGAUGGCAAAACCCCACUCCACUGGGCCGCUAGUAGCCGAGAUCGUCAGGCUGUGAGCUGUGUCAAACUGAUCUUGGAAACAACCCCAAGUGUGAUCAACUGGCAGGACUACGAAGGAAGGACAGCUCUUCAUCUGGCAGUUGCUGACGGCAACGAGAGUAUAGUCAAUGUGUUGGUGCAGACAAGUAUACGCAAGUGUAAUGUGUCCGCUCUGGACAACUGGUUCAGAACCCCCCUGCAUUGGGCAGCUGUGCUGGGACAUUCAAAGAUUGUGGGGUUCCUCCUUGACAGUGGUGCUGAUUUUGCCAGCUCAGAUUCUAAUGGUGCCACACCUCUUCACUAUGCAGCUCAGAAUAACUAUGACGAUACGGUGGAAGUCUUCCUGUCCCACAAGUUGGUGACUGAUGAGAGUGAUGUUGAUGGCCGGACAGCGUUCAUGUGGGCAGCAGGCAAAGGGGCAGAUGAUGUCAUCCGUAUAUUUAUAAAACACUGUGUUGACAUUAGACAAAUGGACAAGCACGAAGAAACAGCCCUCCAUGCAGCAGCAUAUUCCGGCCACACCAGCACAGUGCGGAUCCUUCUGGAGUACAGGGCCGAUAUUGACGCUGUGGACCUCAUGAAACACACACCUCUGUUCAGGGCCUGUGAGUCUGGUCAGACGGACGUGGUGCAGACUCUCAUCGAUGCUGGGGCCAAGGUGGAUGUGGUUGAUCAGGAUGGCAGGUCCCCUCUGCACUGGGCGGCACUUGGGGGUCAUGCCUACAUCUGCCAGACUCUCAUCAAGUUUGGAGUGGACCCCAACAUCAGGGACACCACCGGACGUACCCCUAUCCAGUGUGCAGCGUAUGGAGGUUUUGUCAACUGUAUGUCUGUGUUGAUGGAGCACAAGGCAGAUCCCAGCACACAGGAUAAUGAGGGAAUGACAUCGCUGCACUGGGCCUGCAGCAUGGGCCACCUGGACACCGUCAAGCUGCUGGUGGAGCACAUGGCCUAUGUCAACCACAUGGAGUUCACUGAAGACAGGUACACACCACUGGACUAUGCAUUGAUGGGUGAGCACCAUGAUGUUGCCCAGUACAUGAUCGAGCAGGGGGCCCUCUCCAUCACAGGCAUACAGGACAUAGCAGCACAGAAAAUACAGUCGGCAUUUCGAGGCUAUCGAGUGAGGAAGACAUUUAUAGAGAGGAAGAGGCUGCUGAUGAAACAUGAAAAGUUGAAGAGGGAGGCUGCCAGGAAGCGUGCAGUGGAGGAGUACCGCAAGAAGGAGGAUGUGCAGCACAAGCGAGAUGUGGAAGAUAAGUAUGUCACCUCUGACCUGGUUACCAUGGAGACAGCAGGAACAGUGGACACAGCACCUGCAGUGGAAAUCAAAAGUGGAACCAAAAAGAAGAAGGAGUACAUGCCAACAGAAAGGGAGAUAAUCCUAUCUCAGAAGAAAGAAGCACAGAGUAAGAAGCAGGCUGAGCAUGAACGACAGAAGGCAAUACGCAGAAAGCAGCAAGCAGCCGUGAUCAUACAAACAGCAUGGAGGAGGUACAGAAAGAGAUCCACCAAGCUGACCAACCAGUUUGCAUCCACUGCACGGGGCGCUGUGCGGCGCCGACGUCUGCGGACCACAGAGGAGGAGUGGGAGCGGCAGAUUGCUGCACUCACCAUUCAGCUGGCCUGGAGGAAGUUCUUCAGGAAGAAGUUGUUACGCCAGAUACAUCCAAAUAAACGACAACUGCAGAUGUGGGACCCUGACGUUAUUGCUGCAAAACAGAGGGCUCUGGUCAACCAGAUAUAUACUGAAGCAAUCCAGGCCCCUUUCUGGCAUCCGACUCUGAAGCGACAAGUGCGGCCCUUCUGGCACCGACUCAUUCCAUCACCUGCUGCCUUAUCUUAUAACUUUGCUGUGGACCAGUACCACCCUGACACUGCUAUGAGAGGUGUGACACCCCAGGUGCCCCCUGAUGACCACACCCACUCCUUCCCCAGCUCCAGGAACGCCUUGGAAGAGGAACUCUCAGAGAGCCUCCAGAAUAUGAAAGUGACUAAAGGCAGUCAACCAGCACGGUUCUCAUACAACCUGAAUGACCUCAAACUCUGACCCCCAGAUGUAUAAAGACAAGAUUGACAAGAGACUGUGAUAUGGAAGAUGGCAUAUGCAUGCUAAUGUACAUAGUACCAUGUUGAUGAUAAUCCUUACCUGUGGUGCUCAUUGCUAGACUGAUGUGUAUGUGUGGGUAGUGACACAGCCAGGGUAGGUAGGUCAGUACCUACCAACAUCAAGUUCAACCAGUUUUGAUGACUUCCACUGAUGUCAGAUAUUCAUGACCUAUUACAGUAAUUGUAAUCUUUUUCAUUUGAGAUGUAUUGUGUCGUAUUUGAAAACAGAAUACAAGUUAAAGGUUGAUUACAACAAUAAUGCCUCAUUUUGACAACAAUAUAGUGGCUUCCUUUCUGCUACAAAGUUUCAUAAAUAAUAGAUUAAAGACUUAAUUGGUCAUAUUUCAAUGAAAAUAUUCCAUUUUCAAAUAAAUACUUGCUAUUGUUAGCAUUGAUUUGCUCCAAAGUUUCAUUUACCUGAAUAAUAUAUCAUCAAUAAAACAAACUAAAUUUAUUAAAGUCAAAGACCUCUAUGUAUUGUUGCAGUGGAAACAAAUUAUGUAGCUACACAAACCUCAUGAAAAUAACCUCGUUAUUUGAUCCAUUCUAUUUGUAUAUCAUGUGGAAUAUGUUCUUCUGGCCUUAUCCGAUGGACUUUAUGAUAGAUACAUGUUGGAUUUUAUUAAAUAGGGUUAAAGAAUACUGCUUUGAUAAGUACUCACAUCAGGAUCCUUUUGAAAAAGGAACUGUCACCAUUAAACUCAGUUACUUAUUACAAACAUGGUCACUGAAGUUGCUGUAAAAUAUUCAUUGUGAUGUAAUUCUUCAACCAUGUCUUAUCAUCCGUCCAUGUUUUUUGUAUGUCAGGCUGUGACUGUGAAGUAAAACCUUAAACCAUGAA